AUGGCCGUACGCGAGUUCCGCUUCCGCGACGGCGUAGCCAUCGCCCAGAUCAUAGUAUUCGCAGUCUUCCUCGCCUUUGGCAUCCUGUUCCGGUUCCAAAAACGAAUGGGCUGGUUCGGCAUCUCAUUCAUCUCGACAAUACGAGUCGUCGGCGCGGGCUGCAUGCUCGGAACGAUCUUCACCUCCUCGAAAGGCCUCUGGGCCACCAUCUUCGUCUGCGAGUCCCUCGGUCUCGUCCUGCUCACGUUCGUGCUGUUGGACCUGCUGAAGAGAGUAAACCACUUCGUUCAAGCCCUCACGCAGUGGCACUUCCGCGUCCCCGAGCUCAUCUGCUGGGCCGGCCUCGCCAUCUCGAUCGCCGACUACGUCCUCGCCAGCAAGAAGACGGAGAACGCCAUGGCCCCGGGUUCCCUGACGAAGGCGGGCGUGGGUCUCUUCGCCGCUCUGUAUUUCUGGGGCGUUCUCCUGUUCCUCUGGCUGGCGCGUGAGUGGAAGAGGAUUCCCGAGGGCGAGAGACGCUCGAUGAUUGGCUUCGGCGCCUGUUUCCCCUUCAUGGUCGUCCGCAUCUCCUACACGAUUGCGUACGUCAGCACCGGCGAGAGACGGUUCAGCGCCGUCAACGGGGAUACUAUGCUGUACCUGUUCAUGAACUUUUUGAUGGAGUUUGCCAUCUUGGGGUGUGUGGUGUGGACUAUCUGGGGGUUGGAGAGGUUGCAUCUGCAUGAGCGAGUUGGUCAAGGUCGAGACAAGAGCAACAGUAUGGAUGAGCUAGUUGGUUCUGGUAGAGGGGAUCGAAAUGAUGAGACCGACGCGGUACAUGCGAAUGGAGGGCAAAGGGUUUAG